AUGGGGAAAGAAAAAGGUCCCAGCUCUGGCGCGAGUGGGGGGAGGGGGGAGGGUUUCCAGUGUGGUGACGCGCUGUCGGUGAGUGGAGUAUCGGCAACGCUGGACGGCGGGGAGGGUCGCGGGCUGGGAAGCCUGGCUAGGUUAUCCGGCCGCACAUCUGAACGCAUGCAGCAGCAGCAAGGAGCAGAAAGAGGAAGUUGUCGGGAAAUGAGGAAAUAUUGCUCUGAGAAAUAUUCCGUGAUUUAUUCAUCCAUCGGCGAAGGGAAACCCGCCACUGACGCAACUUUUGCAACAACCCUCGAUUCGCAUUAUUCGCCGCAAGUGGAAGCAAUUUCACCCACGGUGCCCGGGGAAAGCCUGAAUUUGCGUGAAGAGUCUCCUAUGCAAAGUCACAAGGAUGCUUUGCUGCAAAAGAUUUCCAGAGUGGACCGAGAAAUCGCUUUAGCCGAGUCCCACAUCGCCAAGCUCAAAAAGAAGCUGCAAGAGGUUGAAGAAGCUGAUCAACAGCAGAGUGGGAAGACAGGCAGUGGAGUGGAUGACCUGAAGAAGGAGAAGGAUGAGUCAGGGGCUGUGAUUUCCGCAGAUGGCACCAAGGAGCCGAAGCAUUUGAGCACUCGUCAGAAGAUCUACUCUGAGAAUAAGAAGAAGGCGAUGAAAGCUCACAGUACACUCACUGCUCUUGGCCCUCCGAUCGAAUCGGCAAGCAUUUUUCUCUUCAUUUACUGA